AUGGGCAAGUACGCCGUUGCCGUGAUUGGCCCGGCGGGGAGCGGCAAGAGCACACUCUGCGCAGUCCUGGCAGAACACUACGCGACAAAAGGCCGCUCCACGCACAUAUGCAACUUUGACCCCGCCGCAGAGGACCUGCCGUACAACCCCGCCAUCGACAUCCGCGAGCUCAUCUCGCUGGAGGACGCCAUGGAGGGAAAAGGCCUCGGGCCGAACGGCGGGUUGGUGUUUUGCAUGGAAUACCUGCUUAGCCAGGGCGAGGUGUGGCUGUGCGACCAGCUCGGCGAUCACGAGGAGGACUUUAUCGUAGUUGACAUGCCAGGGCAGCUGGAGGUGCUGUCGCACGUCCCCGCGGUGCCGGGGUUCGUGCGUCUCCUGCAGCGGGAGGGCUUCCACGUCGUCGUGCUUUUUCUCCUAGACGCGCUGGCGGCCACCGCGGACGCGGGGAAGUUUGUCUCCGGCUGCACCUUCGCGCUCUCGAGCAUGGUGUGCUUCGACUGCCCGUUCAUGAACGUCCUCACCAAGUGCGAUCUGCUCCCACCGGCCGUCAGGGAGGAGGCGCUGGAGAGCUUCUGCGCCUGCGACUUUGACUGCCUCGACACGAAGCCGCUGCCGGAGCGCUGGCGCAGGCUCGUGCGCACGCUGGCUGGCCUCAUCUUUGACUUCAACCUCGUUACUUUUCGCCCAAUGGACAUCACGGACGCGGCGUACGUGGGGAACCUCAGCCAGCUCGUGGACGAGGCGCUGCAGGUGGUCGAUGACGCGGAGGUGAACGACCGGGACCUGCCAGACGACGUCAACGAGGCAGGGGAGGCGAUGGACGACGGCAUGGACUGGAGUCGCUACUGA